AUGAGGUCUGUUAUUUCUGUCAACGCGCUUUUGGCGCUGGCGGGUCCUGCGGCGGCGUAUACUUCCUUGAGCUAUACUAAUGUGUCUGAUCCUUAUUAUGGGCAGAGUCCGCCUGUGUAUCCUUCUCCUGCCGGAAACGGAUCGGGUAGCCCUCAAUGGGCCAAUGCUUAUGCUCAAGCACGCAAUCUCUUAUCUCAGAUGACAUUAGAGGAAAAGGUCAAUGUCACCCGUGGCUUUACUGGCACUUGCGUCGGUAACACUGGCGCUGUCCCCCGUCUUGGCAUCGAGCCAAUGUGUCUUGCUGAUGCUCCGGAUGGUAUUCGCGGCCAAGAGUUCGUCAGCGCAUUUCCAGCUGGCAUCCACGUUGCUGCUACAUUCGACAAAGAUCUGUUGUAUGCUUAUGGUCGUGCCCUUGGUGAAGAGUAUCGCGGUAAGGGCAUCAAUAUCGCUCUUGGACCUGUUGCUGGACCACUUGGAAGAGUUGCCAGAGGAGGUAGGAACUGGGAAGGUCUUUCUGCUGAUCCUCAUCUUGCUGGGAUUGGUAUGGGAGCCAUCACCAGAGGUAUUCAAGACAUUGGCGUGAUCGCUACAGCAAAGCACUGGCUCUUGAAUGAAGAGGAGUUCCGCCGUAACCCUGCUGUUGGAGAAGGCGAAGCCAUGUCAUCAAACACUGAUGACAGAACUCUGCAUGAACUUUAUGCUUACCCCUUCAUGAACUCCCUUCGCGAAAACGUUGGCAGUGUCAUGUGCUCCUAUCAAAGAUCUAACAAUUCGUACGGGUGCCAGAACUCGAAGCUCCUCAACGGUAUUCUCAAGACCGAACUUGGUUUCCAAGGCUUCGUCAUGUCUGACUGGGAAGCUCAACAUUCUGGUGUCGCAUCUGCAAAUGCUGGACUGGAUCUUAUCAUGCCUGAUGGAGGCUUCUGGGGUGGCAAUCUCACAAACGCAGUCAACAAUGGAUCCGUAUCCGUUGACCGUCUUGAUGAUAUGGUCACGAGACAGUUGGCUGCCUUCUUCUACGUCGGUCAAGGCGAGGGCUACCCCGAUGCAGCUGUGCACAGCAACCUGCAACUCCAGGAACCUGUCAACGUUCAGGCUGAUCAUUCAGAUCUUAUCAGGGAGAUCGGUGCUGCUGGCACAGUCCUUGUCAAGAAUGUCAACAAUGCUCUUCCCCUCAAGAGUCCUCGCUUCUUGACAAUCUAUGGUUACGAUGCAACCAUCAAGGCGAUACCUUGGCAGAACCCUUCCAGAUAUGGUGGUGGCUACGAGGUCAACUUUGGUUGGACUACCUUCAAUGGCACAAUGAUUACUGGUGGAGGCUCUGGUGGCAGCACACCACCCUACGUUGUCUCACCAUUCCAAGCCAUCCAAGAACGCAUCGCCAAGGACAAAGGUACUCUCCGUUGGGACUUUUACUCUGAGAAUCCCUACCCACCUUACGUCAACAAUGAUGCAUGCUUGGUCUUUGUCAAUGCCUAUGCUUCUGAGAGUUUUGACCGUACUACUCUGGCUGAUGAGUUUAGUGACAAUUUGAUCAAGAAUGUUGCUGCUAACUGCUCGAAUACCAUUGUCGUCAUACAUUCUGCAGGCAUCAGAGUCGUCGAUGAAUGGAUCGAUCACGAGAAUGUCACAGCCGUUCUGUUCGCUGGUCUACCAGGCCAAGAAUCAGGCCACUCGCUAACAGAUAUCCUCUAUGGUGAUGUUUCGCCCUCCGGGCGCCUUCCCUACACUGUCGCCAAGAAGGAAGAAGACUAUGGUAACCUCCUCAACUCGACAAUCUCCUUUGAUCCUCACCCACAGUCAAACUUUUCAGAAGGUGUCUACAUUGACUACCGCCACUUUGACCACUACAACAUAACCCCUCGCUUCGAAUUUGGUUACGGGUUAAGUUACUCGACCUUCAACUACAGCAAAUUGCAGACUGCAAGAUUCGCUGAUGGCAAACUCUCGCCUUAUCCUGAUGCGAAUGUCGCCAUUGUACCUGGCGGCCACCCCCAACUCUGGGAAGAACUCUUCAGCAUCUCCUUUGAAGUCACCAAUACAGGAAAUGUUACUGCGCAUGAAGUACCUCAACUCUACAUAUCAAUCCCCGAUGCACCCAAGAGGCAGUUGAGAGGCUUUGAACGUGUGCUCUUGCAACCGGGUCAGAGUAAGAAGGUCAAUUUACCUUUGACAAGACGCGAGUUGAGUAUUUGGGACGUCGUUGCUCAGCAGUGGAAGUUACAGGCUGGAGAAUAUCCUAUUUGGAUUGGUGCCAGUAGCAGGGAUAUCAAACUGGGCGGCCGUGUCACUGUUUGA